AGAUAACUGACCUUUAAUAACAUUUACAACUCCACAUGGAUUCUCUCAGAGGGAAAGUCCAUGGUCCUUAAUUAAAUACAAUUAUUAAUGUUUAUAACUACGACUUGCUUGAUGGCUUAUUAGAAAAUAAAUUAAUCAUUGCUAAAUAAUCAAGACUUUCUCACCUGUCUGCCAAACGUCAAUGGGUUGUCACAAAUGUUUUGUUGCUGAUCUAUCCAAUGUGUAUGUUAUUAAAGUUAAAAUUAGAUAUUGAUUAAAGAAAGAAGAAGAAAAAAGUCCAGCUAAAUACACAGUUCAACUUUAUAAGGGCCUCACGGCUAUAACAAGUAUCUGGGCCAACAUAGCAUCAUAAUAUAGGUCCCAGUUAGAAAAACUUGUAAUUAUACAGAUAUGUUCUGAAAAUAAUAAUAAAGGAUGACGAAACACAUAUGAUUAAAAGGAUAAUGUAAAUUUGAUGAGGAAACAGAAACCACCUGCAGUUUCAAUACAUUUUGAAGAAAUCUAGUGUUAUGGUAUUGAGGUUGUUUGGACACCAGGUAGUUUCCAACAAGUUUGACAUUUGUAAAAGGUUCUGCAUCUACUGUUAUACAAAUGAAAAUGUUGCUUGUAUGUUCCACUUUUAAUCCCAGCAUAUAUGUCUAAACUUUUCCUGAUUGUAUUGUAUGAAUUUGCCUUUUCCCGUCAGCAGAUUCGACCCGCGAGGCAACAGGCUUGUUUCGUGGAGCAUGUAAAGCAGCCCAUCCCAGUGUGGACGUUUGUUGAAGUGAACAGGUGCCAGUCUUUCUUCAGACGUCGCUGGUGCCAAGGCAGUAGGAUGGCUGCCUCUCUCUGAUGGGAAACUGUUGCUCAUGUGCUCUGGGUUGGCUGCCAAGUUUUGGCAUUAUAGAACAGUCAUGCAGGCUCAGGAAGUUCUGAGACAGCUGCGGUUUCCCGAGCUGGAGGAUGUUCGGCAGUACAUGCGCAGCUUGCCCACCAAUGCACUCAUGGGGAUGGGUGCCUUCGCCGCCGUCACCACCUACUGGUUUGCCACUCGGCAGAAAGCCCUCAAACCACCCUAUAACCUCGGCCUUCAGUCAGUGGAAAUGCCAGGUGGAGAACGUGCAAGAAGGUCAGCGCUGAACGACAGUGAUGAGCACAUGACUCACUACUACAACGACGCACGCACACUGUACGAGGUCUUCCAACGAGGGCUCAGAGAAUCAAAUGACGGACCAUGUCUCGGAUCAAGGAAACCAAACCAGCCAUACGAGUGGCAGUCUUAUAGUGAGGUGGUAGACAGAGCGGAGAACGUCGGCUCUGCUCUCCUUCACAAAGGACACUCUCGUACAGGAGACAAGUUUAUUGGCAUCUUUUCCCAGAACAGGCCAGAGUGGACCAUUUCAGAGCUGGCCUGUUACACAUACUCCAUGGUGGCUGUUCCAUUGUAUGACACACUUGGCACCGAAGCCAUCGGCUACAUUAUCCACAGAGCUGCCAUCUCAACAGUAAUCUGCGAUGUACCCGAAAAGGCUAAGAUGAUUUUGGACUGUGUCGAAGGGAAAGGGCGAACAGUGAAGACCAUUGUGCUCAUGGAGCCAUUUGACAGCGAGCUGGUGACGCAGGGACAAGAGUGGGGCAUUGAUAUUCUGAGUUUGAAAGACUUUGAGGCCUUGGGUCAAGCCAACCUCCAGAAACCAGUGCCCCCUCAACCAGAGGACCUCGCACUUAUCUGCUUUACAUCCGGUACCACAGGAAACCCAAAAGGUGCAAUGCUUACUCAUGGAAAUGUAAUCUCCAACACUGCAGCUUUCAUGAAAAUAACAGAGGUAUACUGCAUGCUGAGCAUCAAUGACAUUCAUGUAUCCUACCUCCCUCUAGCUCACAUGUUUGAGAGAGUUGUACAGGGUGUCAUCCUCAUCCAUGGUGCUCGAAUCGGCUAUUUCCAAGGCGACAUUCGGCUUUUGAUGGAUGAUUUGAAAACGCUGCAGCCGACAGUUUUCCCUGUGGUCCCACGUCUCCUCAACCGCAUGUUUGAUAAGAUAUUUAGUCAAGCCAACACGCCGCUGAAGAGAUGGCUGCUCGAUUUUGCUUUCAGUAGGAAGGAGGCAGAGCUUAAAAGUGGUGUGGUCAGACGGGACAGCAUAUGGGACACACUCGUCUUCAAAAAAGUGCAGGCGAGCCUGGGCGGUCGUGUCAGGCUCAUCAUCACAGGGGCAGCGCCGGUGUCUCCAACUAUCCUGACGUUUCUACGAGCUGCACUGGGCUGCCAGUUUUAUGAAGGCUACGGCCAGACUGAAUGUACAGCUGGGUGCUCCAUGUCAAUGCCCGGGGACUGGUCAGCAGGUCACGUUGGGCCUCCUCUGCCCUGCAAUGCUAUCAAACUGUUGGAUGUGGCAGAAAUGAACUACUUGGCAGCCAAUGGAGAAGGAGAGGUGUGUGUCAAAGGACCAAAUGUAUUCCAGGGAUACCUGAAAGAUCCCGAGAGAACUGCAGAGGCAAUCGACAAGGAUGGGUGGCUGCACACAGGAGACAUUGGCAAAUGGCUUCCUAGUGGCGCUCUGAAGCUCAUUGACAGAAAGAAGCACAUUUUCAAGCUGGCACAAGGAGAAUACAUUGCCCCUGAAAAAAUAGAAAUGGUGUAUGGUCUCAGUGAUCCAGUGGUCCAGGUGUUUGUUCACGGAGAAAGCCUAAAGGCGUGUCUGGUGGGGAUAGUCGUGCCGGAUCCAGACUUUUUGCCUAUUUGGACCAAGAAAAGAGGGAUUGAUGGCUCCUACUCUGAACUGUGCCAAAACAAGGAUGUGAAGAAUGCCAUUCUGGAGGACAUGCUGAGGUUGGGCAAAGAUGCAGGACUCAAGUCUUUUGAGCAGGUGCGUGAUAUUGCAUUACAUCCCGAGAUGUUCUCUAUCCAGAACGGCUUGCUGACACCCACCCUGAAGGCCAAGAGGACUGAACUUCGGAGCCACUUUAAAGAGCAAAUUGAUGAACUCUAUGCCAAAGUUUAAGAUGUAAACUGGGAUAAAGAAGUAGUCUAAAAGGUAUAAAUAAUUUAAAGCACACGACCAGGACCCCAUUGAUAGUUGAGGGUGUUUGUCAUUGAUUUGUUGGUCAGUGAGCUAAUGAGCUUCAUGUGUUGUAGCUGUACCAUUUAAGGCAGUGGUCACCAACCUUUUUGAGCCCAAGAUCCCUGACCUUCGCCUUCAUGACGACAAGAUCUACCUAUUGAGGCGUUGAGAGAAAACGACUGUCCAGACUGGACUUAUGACUUUUUAUUUGGCCUAAUUGUCAUUUUGGUCCAGCGUUCAAAUUGAUGUGACACAGAAUUUAAGUGUAAUAUAACAAGUAAAAUAUUUGUUAACCGCACACAAUAUGAACAAGAAAAAAUACAUUUGCAAUGAACAGCUGGAUGAACUACCAAUAUAAAUGUUGUAUUUAUUUACAUUUCGUUGCUUCUGUACCUGGACUCUAGCAAUGACAAUAAAUUGAAUCCAAUCCAAUUACAGCACAACACUGACAACAUGAUCAGUCAGUGCAACUCAUGUAAGUUCAGCUCUCAUCAUAAUGCCAUCACGUCAUGUGACUCCAGUCAGAGUGAUGGCUGUGACUGAACUCUGCCUGUGAGCUUGUAGUUAGUUCAUAAUCACAGACAGCCAGUCUGAGGCCGUCUGUCAGCUGUCUGUCAGUAAUCCAGCUCCUGGUCUUUGAUUUGGUGAUUUUCUCAAUUUCACUGACGAGUUUUUCGGGGCAAAAUUGGUAUUCAUGAAAGUUUUCUCAUCUGGGAUUGGUUCUGAACUCAGACCGUUGGUGAUUACGUUCACAUCAGCUCUACAGACAUCCUCAGAUUUAAAGAAUUUUCAUAAUAAUAAAUAUGAGAAUCACCAUUUGUGACUCCUGCAUCUGUCCCUUUUCAAAUAAUAGUAUAAAUGCAAUUGCAAUCACUUUCAAGUAAACCAGAUUGCUCUAUGGACAAGAAAAAAGCUCAAUGUUGAGCUUUUGUUUUGAAGGACAACAGCAGAAAAGCUCAACUCACGGAGGUAAGACCUGGCAAGUCGCCAAGAAUCUCGGCUGUCGCGCACGCGCAGGCGUAACCUGUUAAUGCCUUAACGUAAACAUGUACACGAAGGUACAGGCAUUUCAACAUAUAUUUAUUGAUGACUUAGUUUUAUGUCGGUGUACUUUGAGGCGAGCUUGUGAUCAAUAAAGGUAUUUCUGCAUUUACCCCUGCGCCCCACGUGUCGUGGUACGUUCCCCUCUUUCUGGGUGCACAGCUGAGAACACGGCUGUGUAAGCGAACCCGUUUUCAGGCGUUCAUGAAUCAGGCGGAGAUCUUUUCUGACGUCAAUCUUCCAGUCAGAAAGAAAACAUUUCAGAAGACACUUCAGAAAAUGUUCUAAAACAAGGAACAAUGUGUUUUUGAAUUUAUUUUCAUUUUAUUUUGGAGAUCGACAGGGAACGUCUCCGAGAUCGACCGGUCGAUCGCGAUCGACGGGUUGGCGACCACUGAUUUAAGGGUUCCCUGCUAUCUGGUAAAUUAGUUCAGAAUAUGUCAUGUUUCUGGUCAAAUUUACCAUAGAGUACGGGUUAAAAACACAAAGGGGAAAUCCUACCUGCUCAUGCCAUGAACUGCCAUUAAGUCAGACUGGUCCACGGUCAGAAACGUGAAAACAUUUCUGCCAGUUCUUUUAUUUUUGGGAGCCGUAGAAAGAAAUCCUAUAAACUUGCUUUUAAAACUGUGACUUAUAUUGCCUAUUUAUCUAUCAGUGUAUUUGAUGUUUUGGUCUUUCUAUUUAAGUUGGUAUUUAAUAUAAUCAUCAAACCUGUAAAUAGUGUAUCUGCAAAGAAAAAAAGAAAAUCUAUUUGUUUGAAGAAUAGUGUGCCUGAUGUUCUGUCGUUCUAAUCCCUGCAUUCCUUGAAGGACUGCUGCACCCGUAUUCGUGAACAAUUUAGGUAACGGCCUAUUCAGAAUCAUACUGCUUGAUGGAUUUGUGUGGCUUUUUACUUCUUUCUUCACACUUCAUGGGAAAUAAAAUGUUACGAAACUGUACAUGCAGUUCCUCCCUUUUAGAUUUUCAAAUGUUAGUGUCACAGGUUGCAGGAUAAAGCUGCAUACCAUCAUUUGUAGAAUGCACUUCAGUUUGUUGGGGUAAAUAUUUGAAACACUGUUCAUUUAAAGAAGCUAUUUUUCCAAAUUAAUUCCAUGUCCUUGACCACAUUAACUUUCUUUUUCUUUUCUUGUGUGAAAUGUAGCAGAAUCUCAGUUGUUGGAAAACAAUGUUAUUGUUGAUUCAGAUGAUUUGACUGAAUCACGUUAACAGCCUCUUUGACUUUUAAAGCCAUAUUCUUUUUGGUCUUUUUUUAUGACGGUGUAGAAAAAGGGUAAAUGUUCAGUUUUGUGCUUAUGGUAAAAGUACACUUUAUUUAUUUCUCAGCUGUACCAAAUAAAUGCUUUCUUCCAAA